GUUUCGGCUCCUUGCUCAGUUUCUCAUCAGGGGCUCGAACUACGAUGAAAAACGCGGAGUCGAUUCCAAGCAUUUCGACUCUUAGAAUCACAGGCCGAGAACUCCACCCCGACUCCCACACCUGUUGGAGCUGAAGAGUCGAAUCUGAAUCGACUCCCCAUCACUAGGAAGUGAGGGAGUGAACGGCGAGCUUCACCACAGGAGGAUGAGCGCUAGCGAGCUGUUUAGCUCAGAUGUUGUUGAUCUGAAUCGUCCCGCGAUGGAAGAUUUUAUCGACGUGUGUUGAUUUGUCCGCCCACCGAGCACCAGAACAGAGAAGAAGAAAGAAAGAGACCGGGCUGCAGUUGAAUUGCUGAGUGCUGCCGCUGCUCGUCACCAUGUUGGACCACGCUGACGUGAGUUUAACCCCGGAGGAGCGAGUGCGCGCUCUGACCAAGAAGGGCAGCGCGGUGGACGUUAACGAGGCCGUUCCUGCCCGCCGCUACUUCCGCUCGGGCAUGGAGAUGAUCCGCAUGGCGCACAUCUAUGCCGAGGAGGGCAGCCUGGAGCACGCUUUCGUCCUCUACAACAAAUACAUCACGCUUUUCAUCGAGAAGCUCCCCAAACAUCCAGAAUACAAGUUAUCCAACAUCCCUGAGAAGAAGGACACUCUUAAGAAGCUGAAAGAGAUCGCUUUCCCUCAGGCUGAGGAGCUGAAGAAGUGCCUGCUCAGGAGAUACGAGAAAGAAUACGCUGACUAUCAGGCCAAAAAGCGAGAGAAAGAGGUGGCUCUGGAGCGCGAGCAGAUCAAGCAGAAGGAGCUGGAAGCCGAGCGGAGGCGUGUGGCGGACCUGCAGAGGAGGCAACUGGAACAGGAGCAGUUCAGCGUGUUUGAGGAGAUGAUUCGGCGGCAGGACCACGAACGUGAACGUCAGCGUGUUCUCCGCGAGUUCAGCACGCCCACCUCACCUGCCGGGAACGCCCCGCUUAUCCCUGGCAUCCAGGGCCCGCCACUGCCUUACCCAGCAUCUCCCACACCACCUCAGAGCCCACAGUAUCCCUCCACCAAUCACAGCACACCGUCAGCACCAGCCACGCCCACUCCACCUCCUGUUCCUACCUUCGACCGCUCACUCAAGCCAGGCACCAUGGGCAGGACGGCUAACAAUACACUGGUGGACGGUUUGAGGCAGGUAGCCGUCCCCUCUGAGCUGUGCAACAAGUUCCUACACUUGGCCAAUAACAACACAGUCCGAGCUGUGGAGACGUGCGGAAUACUCUGUGGCCAACUGACGAGGAACGCGUUCACAGUGACUCACGUGAUAGUGCCUAAGCAGUGUGGAGGUCCUGAUUACUGUGACACAGAGAACGAGGAGGAGCUCUUUCUGGUGCAGGAUCAGCACAAUCUCAUUACGCUGGGCUGGAUUCACACUCAUCCGACUCAGACGGCUUUCCUAUCCAGUGUUGAUCUUCACACUCACUGCUCCUACCAGCUGAUGUUGCCAGAAGCCAUCGCCAUUGUCUGCUCGCCUAAAUUCAACGAGACGGGCUACUUCAGGUUGACUGAUUAUGGAAUGGAAGAGAUUUCCACCUGCACACAGAAAGGCUUUCACCCUCAUUCCAAAGAGCCUCCCCUGUUUAUCGGUGGCAGCCACAUUGUAAUCACGGAAAGCACCGUCACGAUGCUAGACCUGCGCUGAUCUGAUCCAAAAACCAGAAAAACGGUACAAUGAAGCAUUUUAAAAACCCGGAUAGCAGCUAUAUACCAUUAUUACUCUUAACACGCUAUGCGGACCGGCACUGGCUAAACGUGGGAUGGUUUUUGACCAAUCAGCAUUUACAGGUGGUGGGAUUGCGACUGUCUGCGAUAAGCACUUUUGAGAAGAAAACACUCUAAGAAAGAAGUCUUCAGAGACAUCUGCUGGGAGCUCAGGGACGUACGCUCAUCUAAGGAACUGUAACUUUGCCUCCUUUCACUCUGCAGACUGACUUGAUUGUUUAAUUUGUUCUGUAUUAAUUGUGAGUCACUCUGUGUCAUUGCGUCCUUGUCCGAAUUUUAUGAUGGCGACGGUGUUUCACACUAACAUAGCUCAUCUAUGUAAAUAAAAUUAGAGAAACCUGGUGUUUCUAAAAUUAUUUCCAGAUUUACAAGUUGUAUGACUAAUGAGCUCUUGUAUGUCUGUCCAUACAAGUCUGUAACAGACAGUGUCAUCUUGCAUGUUGUUACUAAGCAGGCUGGCUUUUGACUGAACUGAACUUGUAUAUUAGUACUUAUCCAGUACUUCUUUAUGAGAGGGAAAAAUGGGGGAUGCCGUGAUUUUAAGGCUGAUUUCAGAUGCUUUACAACCAAAUUUGCCAGUGGUCAAUAUUUAUCAGCCAUUUUUAACCUGAGGCUCACAUUGUGUGGACUAAACAAAUAAAACAGCAAAUUUCCAUACUUAGUAUUGCAGUAUAAAGGAAACAAUGUACAUUCAUAAAUGAAAAAUGAGUUGCCAGUUAUAUAACAUGCAUGACAAAGUGCUAUAUUGGCAAUAUUUAGCACACUGAGUCAUGUGUAUUGUAUUAUUGUACCAGCAACAUUUAAAUACAAUGCAAGUUCACCUA